AGUUCCCAUAGAGACUUGCAAGUUUGUAUGAAAACCCGCGCCACGUACACGUUCUUAACUCUAAGUAAUACUUUUUGUAGACGUUUUUAUGACGCUAUAUUUUUUACGCUAUAUUUAACACAAAUAUUUUUCAAUACUUAACGACAUUGAAUCAGUCAUUCCCAAAGUGUUUGCGAGGAAGCACGUUUAAUACUAAAAUAAACAACUCAACAAAAUGUACAAAGUAAUAUUACUUCUGGUGUUAAUAAAGUGUUUAUAUAGUGAAGGAUCGGAUCCUACUGUGAUCACGAAAAAGGGAACGAUUAAAGGGUUACAGGCGAAAGAUGGCUACUUUAUGUUUUUGGGAGUACCUUACGCCCUGGUAGAUGAAAGCAAUCCAUUUGGGGCGGCCUUACCUCAUCCUGGAUUCAAUGAAACAUACGAAGCAUUUGAUGAUAGUGUCGCGUGUCCUCAGACCAGUAGAAGUGGUGCACUUUUAGGUACCAUGCAAUGCUUACAACUUAACAUCUACGUACCAAACAACGCCAACUUCAGCAACAAGAUACCUGUCAUGGUCUACAUCCACGGAGGAUCCUUCAUACGCGGUAGCAAAAUGAUGGUAAAUCUAUCCCCUAAGUUCCUUAUUAGAAAUGACGUCAUCAUUGUCUCAAUAAACUACAGACUUGGACCAUACGGCUUCCUCUGUGUGAGUGCACCUGGCUACAGCAACCAAGGUUUGAAGGACCAGAUCUUGGCGUUAAAAUGGGUUAAAGACAACAUUGAAGCAUUUGGAGGGGACACUACCAAAAUUACAGCUUUUGGCCAGUCAGCGGGAGCCAUGACCUUAGACCUGCAACUGUUGACUAAUAAAGAUUUAGUCCAAAGAGUAAUUAUUCAAAGUGGUACGGCGUUGACAACGUGGGUUAUAGGCAAACGUAAUGAUAGUAUACCUGUAAAUUUAGCCAGUAAACUAGGAUAUUCUGGUGAUGAUGUACAUGAAGCACUAAAUUAUCUUGCCGAUAAGGAACCAAUGGAUAUCAUACAAGCAGGUGUAGAUACAGGGAUUUCCAACGCACAUCCAUUAACUAAACCAUGUGUAGAAACAGUAGGUGACAAUGCGUACUUAACAGAUUUCCCAGUCAACCUGCAGCCCCAAGUUGAAGGGAUGGAUAUUAUGAUCGGCCACACAAAUAAGGAAGUUAUGUUUAUAUAUCCGAAAGACAACAAAGAGUACUAUGAGAAUUACAGGUUUGCAGAAGAACUAGAACAAGGUUUUAACGUUGUUUUCGAUGAGGAUAAUGUACGACAUUUCUACACAGGUGAUCAGGUGUUAAGCUUGGAAUCACAAAACGAUAUCUUUGAUUUCGGAACAGAUUUCGUUUUCGCCUACCCCACAGAGAGAUCCGUUAACAGAUAUUUGAAGGCCAAUGCAAAUAAAGUAUACCGAUACUUGUUUGCUUAUGAAGGUGGUAGGAACAAAAAUAAAUUGUUGGGGAAUUUCACUGCACCUGGAGCGUGUCACGGCGACGACAUAGGAUAUUUGUUCGAGAUGGAUACAUUUAAGGGUGAAGUGCCCAAUAAAGAUGACCAGAAAAUGAUUGAUGUCAUGACUACAAUGUGGACGAAUUUUGCGAAAUAUGGAGAUCCAACGCCAUCUUCAACAGAUCUCAUUACUACGCGAUGGGAGCCGACAGAACCUGGAUCAACUCGGCGGCCAUAUUUGGUAUUGGAUCAACCAAUCACACUCAAAUAUCGAAUAUUUCACCAAAGGUUGUCUUUCUGGGAACUUUAUUACAAAUUGUAUAAGAAUGACGAAAGGGGUUUUGAGAAGAAAUAAAAUGUAAUA